UCGAUGUUUAAAAGCUGUCUUCGUUAUGUUAUCUUUAUUUUUUAAUCCGAUAAUUCUCAAAGAAUUCAAAGUAACCAAAUAAUUAUAUAGGCCACCAACUCUCAAGUCAAUAAGUUAUGGAGUCAAGUGAACUGCAUACCGUGUGGGUGAAAACUGAGGUGAACGAUGUCACAGAAGACGAGGCUCCAGGGUCUGCCGUGGUUAAACUAGAACCCACGGAGGAGGGCCUGAGCGAAUCAAACGCGCCUGGAGAGCUGCAGCCCCAUGAUCUGGUGUUUACAAAACACGUGUGCGUCAAGGUCGAAGCGGAGUUCGUAAAGGACGAGGGAGAGGGCGCAGGAGGAAACGAGACAGCACAUGUUUGCAAAAACGAGGCAGGACCGUGCGAGAACGAGACGGCAGGUGAACCGCAAGAACACCAUCAACAUCAUGAGACUCAAAACUCUGCAGCUGCAGAAAAACCUCAUCAUUGUGGCAUCUGUCAAAAGAAAUUCUGGUCUUCGGGCGAUCUGAAGAAGCACCAGCGGAUUCAUAGUGGCGAGAAACCCUACACGUGUGAGAUUUGUCAAAAAACGUUUGCGCACCUGAACUCUUUAAAGUUUCAUACGAGAACUCACACCGGUGAAAAACCUUACCCCUGCGCAAUAUGCGAUAAACGGUUUGCGCAAUUGUGCCAACUGAAGAAACACGAACGCAGUCACACGGGCGAGAAACCGUUUUCCUGCAAAAUCUGUGAUAAGCAAUUCACGCAAGCGGACCAUCUCAGGACGCAUGAGAGAAUACACUCUGGUGAGAGACCUUAUGUAUGUGACAUAUGUCAAAAGCGUUUUACACAAUCGAGCGCGUUGAAUUUGCAUAAACGUAAUAUCCACACUAUAGAAUCGUAUCAUUGCGAUAAAUGCAUAAGAAAAUUUUCGCAAUUGGAUGCGUUGAAAGAACACGAAAAAGUUCAUACGGAUGAAAAGAGAUUUUCCUGUGAUAUUUGCAGAAAAAAAUUCAAGCAAUCAUGUCAAUUGAAUAACCAUAUUCGAUGCCACACCGGUGAGAAGCCCUACGACUGCGAAACGUGUGAAAGAAAAUUCGCCCGUUUAGUUUAUUUGAAGAGACACGAAGAACGAGUGCACAAAGAUGAAAAACCGUAUUCCUGUGAAGUCUGUAAAAGAGUAUUUUCUGAUUCAGGCAAUUUGAAGAAACAUGAGCGCAUUCACACAGGUGAGAAACCAUACUCGUGCGAAAUAUGUAGCAAAGUGUUUGCAGCUUCGGGCAGUUUAAAACACCAUAAACGUAUUCAUACAGAAACAAGUAGAUGUUAACUACACGAGUCAUUUCUAUACUGGGUCAAGCAGACCUUGUCAGUAGAAAAAGGCGGCAAAUUUGAAAAAUGUAGGCGCGAAAGGAUAUCGUUCCAUAGAAAAUUUGAAUAUCGCGCCUUUUUCUUCUGACAAGAUUUGCUUGACCAUCUAUAGUAUUUACAACUUGAAAUUAUGAUACUGAUAAAAUUACUUGUAGCUUUCCAUUAGAGAAGGGCCCUUAUGCGUUAUGUACGAUAAGGAUCUUUCUAUCAGAACUUCUAUUGGAAUUUCAGAUAAAAAUGACCUUAUUGCACUUGAAGAAAAAAGUCACUACACCGCUGCAUCUACAUCUGCAGGAAGCCAUACAUAUGGCGGGUGACAGAAGCCUAUGGAAGAGACUGGUCAGCAACAUUAGGACAUGAUGUCACGAUCCUCAGCAUUGAGGGAACGACUGAUGAUGAUGAUGAUUGCACUUGAAGCAUAGAGACCCUUCUGUGAUGGCGAGUCACAUUUAUUCUAGUCAAUACAUUUAAACACAAAUUAAUUAAUUAAUUUAAUUUUAAUGAAUGUGGAGGGAAGUACGAGGAAAGGAAAACCGAGGAAAAGGUGGAUGGACUGUGUGAGAAAUGACAUGAAACGAACGCAAGUGAAUGAUGAAAUGACGGGCGACAGAGAGGUGUGGAAGAGAAAGACAUGCUGCGCCGACCCCAAGUGAAUGGAACAAGGGCAAGAGAAUGAUGAUGAUGACAUUUAAACACUAUAAUGAGUUUUUUUAUGACCUUCAGAACAUGUAAAUUGUUAUUUAUAGGUAAUGACUACUAAUGGCAUAAUAUUUAUUAUUAUAUGUAAAUGCACAGGCAGCUUAAAGCUGAUACGUGCACAUCAAUGUCCACU